AUGGAAGACCCUAAUUUAACUACGGAUGAAGAGCUACAACGGCUUAAAGAGGAUGCAAAAGUCGCAAAGGAAGAAUUUGACAACGCAAUUGGACAAAAAGCCCAGAGCGAUUUGCAUUUAAACCGGGCUAAAAAACUUGAAGAGGUAAAUUAAAAUCAGCUCAGGACAUUAGCAAGAUCUAGAACUAGCUCUGAAUGUGGGAAGAAUCCUCAAGAUACCGAUGCUCAGCAGUCAGCUGGGAAAACCAAAAAAUAUGAAUCCUUAUAUCAAGACGCUAUGGGGAGGCUGGCACGAAAACAGUUAAUCCAAGAAAAUGUAAAACCUAUAUAGGCAGCCCUUGAUGUAAUCCGUAAUAGCUCAGUUGAUAAAGUGCUAGUAAAAUCAAAAAAAUUAGCCUAUCAAAAGCUCUCCAAAGAAAUCGAUACAAUUAUCAGCAAAUAUGAAGACCCAAUUGGCUGCAUCUCACAAGAAAGCCUAUUUAUGAUCUAUAAAGAACUUGAGCUAAUCAGAAUUUUUCCAGGUAUUAUAAAAUUAGCCAGUCAGUGAAACAAACAUCAGAAACAUUAUAAGCAAAACUCAUAAACUCAGAGCUGAGUCAGAAGAAAUUUUUUACGUAGAGUCAUGAAAAUUUUUAAAUCCAAUAAAAGCCUCUCAUAUCCAGAGAGAAAUUAUCAGUGAUUUUUUAUUAAUUUUAUUUGAUAAAGAUACAGAUGAGGAGAAUCUAAUUGAAGAUUUGAGAAGACUAGAUGGGAUUAUUUAUGAAAAAAUCGGAAAAAGAAAAGAAGAAUGCUGAAACGCUGAAAAAAUUUUGCAGAAUUUCCAAAAACUUAAUGACAAUCAAGUUGCGUAUAAAAAGACAGGAGUUUUGACUGAAAAAAAGCUAGAAAAAUUGACAAGUCAUGUUACCAAAGACCUCACAUUUAAGCCUCAAAUUUGUGAAAAAUCAAAAAUUUUGCAGUCGUCUCAGGAGCCUAUUUCACCUCACAAACGAUAUGAAUUUUUAUUUAAAAAACAAAAAGAAAAAGAAGAAAAAAUCAUUGUUAAUCGAUUAGCAGUUUUAGAGCAGGAAUUAGAAGAGUGUACAUUUACUCCUGAAAUUAACUCAGUUAGACCCCAAAGCCAAGAUUUUAAUUUAAAAGUAGAAGAGAGGCUGUAUAGCCAAAGAAACGCUCCAAAAAUUGUGCAAGAUCCAAGAACCUCAUUAGAAAAAGAAUUAGAAAAAUGCACCUUUCAGCCUUCAUUGAGCUCUGAUGUAAAAAUUCCUAAAGCAAAAAUUACACCUAGAGGAUUUAAAGAAUCAAUUGAAAGGUUAAGACAAGCUAAUAAAAAUAGACAAGAACUUAAAGAUAUGCUUGAAAAAAGACCUACCGGAGAAAAUUAUGAAAAAUUGAAAAACGAAAAAAUAAAGCCGUUUUCGUUCUUACAAAGGCAAAAAAAUGAAAGAAGUGUGCUGGUUUAUGUUGAUGUCAAUGUUGGACCAGGGAAGACAGGGAGAAUUGCGAUACAUGAAGAUGAUGAUCCUAAAGAGCUUGCUAGCAAUUUUUGUAUGGCAUAUCAUUUAAAUUCAGAUAUGAAAGAAACUUUGGAGGAACUAUUAAAUCAGCAGCUUCAAGAUAUAUUGAAUGAUUAA